AAGUAGCAGAAGCAUGUCGUUGCUUAUGGGUUGUGAACAUUUCCCAAAAUAUUAUGGAUAACAAACAUGUUGUGGCAUUGACAGUGUAUCUGUUGUUUUAUUUGCUCAAUUAUGGAUGCCAUGCACGAAUUAAUUACAAUAUUACAGAAUGCCAGGAAUGUUCUCAUCAGAAUUUGGUGCCAUGCAAAAUACAGGUUAUGCAUGAUAACUGCUUAUCAGCCAUGACAGCCAUUCAUGGGAAGCAAUGGCCAGGACCACCAAGGGAGAUAAACGCAAAGGUUACACAAGUGAAGAAUGAAACUCAGGCUCAGUUUUCAUGGAAACCACCAUAUGAUGCUUCCAUCCACUCCUUGAAAGGAUUUCUUUUGAGAAUAACAACAUUUGAAGACUUCAAGGGAACUUUUGUUGCAGGAAGUCCAUGGUGUUUCUACUUAAAUUUUACCAACAGCUCAUGGACAGAAUCACCACAUGCUUACGAUUCUGUGUUUCAGUUCAAUUGUGUAAAAUCACAGUAUCCAGCUAGAGUAACUCUUUCUGUAUCCAGUAUCCCGAGACCUCAUAAGGGAUGGAAAGUGAUGAGGCAAAGCAUUGACAUAAAAGGAACAGUACCAUACUAUAGUUGGAAGCCAGAAAUCUACUUCACAGAAACUGGAGACUCUGUUACUGAUUGUGUUAUAGUAGUUGUACAUCCACCAUUUACCAAUGCCUACAGUCACAUAGUCAGUCUUAUUAACUUGAACAACAAAGAAGUAAAACAUGCAUCCUUUCAAUAUCCUGGUAACAAUGUGACACUAUGUCUAUCACCAGGAGAAAACUACAGUAUACAGGUAAGGCCUUAUGAUAAAGACAAUCAACCUUUGAGUCACAAUGUGGAGUAUUCACCAAUUAGGAUUGAACCCAAGCCAACACAGGAUCGAUUACCAGAAGAAGAAAAAGAAAAGAUGCAAGUGAUGACAUGGGUUGUGAUACCUCUGGUUUUGGUAAUAGUCAUUUCUAUAACAGUCUUUGUAUUUUAUCGCAAAGGUAUUUUAAAAAAGGGAAACUCGGGGGAAGAAUCAAUUAUUCUGCCAAAUAAUGGACCAGAAGAAGGAGACAACAACAUUACAAUAGUUUUCUGUGCUGAAAAUGAUUAUGUUGACAACAUUGUCAGAAGUCUUGGGCAUGUCAUAAGGGAGACAACUAGUAGUAAGGUGGAAGUUGUAUCAGAUAAUCGAAACAUAGAACCAAAUAAGAAGAUUGUAUUUGUUAUCACAGAAGGAAUACAUCAAAUCAACCAUAUAUGUGCUGAUGGAAAUUUCGUCAACUGCAAUUGGAAUAGAGCCUUUAAUUCGGGUGUAUCGUUUCUUCAAAGAAUAAAAGAUAUGAAAGAUGCCGAACCAAACAUGCUGCUUCUUUCACCUAUUGUUUCAAUAAACUGGCUUGAUUGUUGUAUGUUCAAGAAUAAAAAUGUGCCUCGUUUAUAUCAAAUCUCAGACACUGAGCAAAUUGAACUAGAUUUGGGAAAGAUGUCAUCUUUCCUGGAGAGUAUAUCAGACAGAGACACGUCUAAAGAGAAAAUCAGAUCAGAUUUGAAUAAUAAUCAGGAAACUUUGACAUUUAAAAAUCAUCUAUUAGCUUUAUAUCUUUACAUGCGUGACAAUCAGAAAUGGUUUGAAGAUGACUUUCUAGGGUGUAGUACAGCAGAAGAUUCCCACCAGACUCAACCUUUAUUAGCAUUUCCCGUUUUGUAUGACAUGCACACACAUCAAGUUCCAUAUGUCGAUAAGUUCUGUCUCAACUUUCAGAGUCCCACUAAUAUAUCAGGUUCAGACCAAGUCAAACCUCAGUUACAACAAACACAGAUUCAUGGGCUAGUUCAGGCUCAACUUCAUCCUGCAAAACCAAGCUAUGACAAUCAAGACAGUAAAGCAACAGAAAUUGGAGUUGAACAAGAUGUUUUUGAUAGUGGAAUUUCAGAUUCAGGUAUAAAACUUGAAAUAAACGCUAAGAAUCAGAAUCAAGGAAGACUUGACAGUGGAGUGGAUUCAAUACCUUUAGAUGAAAUGGCACCAUCUUUAGAAACUAGACCAGAAUUUUUCCCACCAGACUCAGAUGCAGACAGUCUAGAUGUUGACGGACAGUCUCUAAGUCAGCACAUAUGGGAAAUUAAUAAAAGAAAUUUCCAAAUUUGAAAAGUUGGAAGCAUAUCAAGGGUGGUGCAGAUGUCAGAGAGCUGGGUGGAAUGUUUGUUAUUUCAAAUGAAAUCAGACAACAAAAUGCCAAGCAAUGAGUUUGGUAAAUCAUGAUCGAAAUUUUGAAGGAAGUUUGUUACAACAUUGUGUAUAAACUUUUUUUAAACUGAUUAUGUUUUUCAAGUCUGGUAUGUUGAAAAAAUGCCAAAAAGAUUUCUGCAUUUUUUUUACUAAUUGAAAGACAAAAACCCAGGGAAUAGUGGAAACAAAUCCAAAAAUGUAUUUUAUUACAUGCUCAUUUAAAAGUUUUAGUCCCUAUGUAAAUAACUUAGUAUGACUUAUGACUAUGUACAGGGUACAAAGUCCUGCAAAUUCUGAGAAAUUGUGCCAUUUUAUUUUAGAAAAAUAGUAGAAUUAGUUAAUAACUAUCAAAGAUGAUUAUUCUUUGAAAUAGAUAAUUGUAGAUUUCAAAAGCUAAGAAUACAAGGAAUAAUUUUUUUUGAGCCUUUUCCAAUGAUUUAUAAUAAAUCUAAAGUAAAAUCUGUAUUGAGAGGUCAAGGAUGAAUACAAACUUAUCUUAAUAGGGAGGUUAUUUUGAUUCCACAUUUUUAAAAUGUAUAAAAUUUACUUCAAAGGGGAUAUUCUUGAAAAGUGACCUGUUAAUUGAGAUGACCUCUUGCUAGAGAUAGCAGUUAAGGUAGACACUUUAUCAAUUCAAUGUAAUAUUUUAAAUGAUAAGUGAUGAUUUCUUGCAAUACUAUUUAGAGUUUCUCUAAAAAGUUGUAAAUGACAUAAAAAAUUGUGAUAUAAAUGAACAAAAUUGUGAUUUUGAAUUAUAGUGUCAUGAUAGUUUUUAGUUUUGCAUGUUAAUUGUUGAAUUUAUGAUCAUGUUGAUAAUAUAUUAUAGAUGUUUCAUGUGCAGAAUAUGUUUUAACACAAACUGACAUAAUACGAUCAUUUUU